UUCUGUCCACUGCUUACAUCAAGCCAGCUCUUGCUUUCCUCUCCUCUCCUUCACUCCACCAGGAUAUUUCCUCCUCUCUCCAUAUCCGAACAUAUUCCUGUUUUUCUGCCCUGCUUUUCCUUCAUAUCUCCUGGAAUGUGGCACUCUUUGGUUUUCACUCUCUGUGGGAUCUCCGCUUUGAUCCAGGUGUCGUUGCAAGGUCCAUACCAGCGGACUCUGUUGAAAAACCUCCUGAAGGAUUAUAACCGUAUGGAGAGGCCUGUUGCCAAUGACUCUCAACCUCUCACUGUCUCUCUAUCUAUGAGCUUGAUACAGAUCAUGGAUGUGGAUGAGAAAAAUCAAGUACUGACCUCCAAUAUCUGGCUUAACAUGCACUGGUAUGAUCAUUACCUGCAGUGGAACCAAUCUGAAUACCCAGGUGUCAAAAACCUUCGCUUCACCACAGACCAAGUGUGGACGCCAGACAUCCUGCUGUACAAUAGUGCAGAUGACAAGUUUGACUCCACCUUCAAGUCGAAUGUUGUAGUGAACUCCAGUGGCUACUGCAACUACUUGCCUCCAGGUAUCUUCAUGAGCACAUGCAAUGUAGAUGUACGCUGGUUUCCGUUUGACAUCCAGAAAUGCGAGCUUAAAUUUGGCUCGUGGACGUUUGACGGAUGGCUGCUGGAUCUCCAGAUGAGUGAGGCUGAUAUCUCUGGCUACAUGCCUAACGGAGAAUGGGACCUUGUGGGUGUGCCGGGCUCAAGAAACGAGCUGUACUAUGACUGCUGUAAGGAACCCUAUCCAGACGUGACAUUUGUGGUGACCAUGCGCAGGCGGACGCUCUACUACGCCUUGAACCUUCUCGUUCCCUGUGUUCUCCUUUCAUCCAUGACCUUGCUUAUCUUCCUACUGCCUGCUGACUCCGGAGAGAAGAUCUCACUAGGUAUUACUGUGCUACUCUCAUUAACAGUCUUCAUGUUGUUGGUGGCAGAGAUCAUGCCAGCAACCUCAGACUCCAUCCCGCUAAUAGGGCAGUAUUUUGCCAGUAUAAUGAUCAUAGUUGGAAUGUCAGUUAUCGCGACGGUGGUUGUGCUCCAAUAUCACCAUCAUGACCCCAACGGAGGAAACAUGCCAAAAUGGGUUCAGGUAGUUUUGCUCCAGUGGGUGGCCUGGUUUUUGCGCAUGAAGCGUCCAGGUGAGAGUGAAGACCCUGAGCGCCCUCCUUGUGCCCCCCACUUACGCCGUUGCUCUUCAGGUUCCCAGAGCGGCAGCUUGCCAAACGCACCCGGUUCCGCCUCUGCAGAUCUCCAUCACCACCACACGUCCUCAACGCUCCACCCGCUUCAUCCCCAGAGUCUUCUUCAAGCUGCCGCUGCCGCCGGGCACACCCACCAUCUCCACAACCAGACCAACAGCGCCAACAACAACGGCAACCUGCUCUACAUCGGAUUCUCCAGUCUGGACGAAGCUUCACCGCCGUCCUUGCUCGCCGAUUCUGUGCAGAGAAACAGCAUGUCUGGCGGCCCGCGCUCUGCGGUGGUGUCGCCCCCAGCGGUAGGCUCCAGUCCACCACCUCACCUGCCCUCACAGUUCUGCAGCCCUCCGCCGCCUCCCACGCCCAAUCUGGAGGCCACAGGUUGUCCGAGCACGGUGUCUGGCGGUGGCGGAGGCUGUUCUUGCUCGGGGGCCAGCAGUGGAGGAGACCCACAGCUUCAGGCUAUUUUAGAAGAGGUGCGCUUUGUUGCCGAUAGGUUCCGCGGACAGGAUGAAAGCGAAAGCGUGGCUGAACAGUGGAAGUUUGCUGCAGCCGUAAUUGACCGACUUUGUCUGGUGGCGUUCAGCGUUUUCAACAUCAUCUGCACCAUCUCCAUUCUUAUGUCAGCACCUAACUUUGUGGAGGCAGUUUCUAAGGACUUCAUCUGAUUGCUGCGUUAGAAGAGAAUGUGUAUUCGGGAAACUUGGGUUUGACCAUAAUUGGGAAGUAUUCUUCUCCUCAAAACAGUGACUCAGCUUUUUUUCCAAGACUGUGAUUGGAAUAAUGCAGGAUCCCGAGGUCUGAAUUGAGAAUACUUCUGAUUGGCUAAUGUCCUGGAGAUUUAAGGCCCACUCAGACAUCUCAGACUGAACUUUGCUGGUGGAACGCUAAAGACCUUCACCGAAAGGUGUUUGUAAAUGACAAAAGGGGUUGGUUCGCUAUAUGGUUAAAUGUUCGGCUAUGGAAUGAAUGAAAAACGAAACAUAAAAAAGUGAAAACACUGAUUAAUGACCUUUCAACUGUGUCAAACGCCUCAUAACCUGACAUGAACCUCUGAGGAAUGGCCAGUCGUGUUACUCAAACUUGUGUGACAUUGUACAUCUAACAUCUAGCACAGUACAAAACUUCUCUAUGAUGUCAAAAUAUAUUUUGGUAAUGUUCAUCUACGGGUAGGCGAGGAGAGAGGGAGCAAAAAAGCUGAAGAGACAGAGAGAAAUAUUGAUAAUAGUGGCAGACGUGCAGUGAAUGGCUCAUAUGAACCCAGAUCAAAAAUGCUCUUCUUAAAAAAUGAAAAAGGCGCUUGUUUCAAGGACAGAUGGGAGACUUGGAGAACUGCUGGAGGGUUUGAGUGGUUCAGUUAAUGGAUAGAUACAGAAGAAGUGAAAGAUGGAAUACCCCAAUGACGUGGACAGAGAUGUAGACCGAUUGAGAGAUUAGGGCCUCACAGGAAGACGAGGCAAGAGCAGAACAAGGGUAAUGAAAGACAAAAUGAGACAGAGUGUAUUAGAGAAAGAGACACAGUCAGCGCAAAACGAAAGAAGGAUGGGUUGAAGAAGUGGAUCAGACAAGUGGAUAAGAAAAUGAAAGAGUGAUGGGGGAAUUGGAGAGGGAUGGACAGAAACAGACAGAGAAGGCGGUCGGGGGGUAAGUGAGACUCAGCAACAUUAACUGGCAAGAGGAAGUAUGGCUUUGCUGUCGGAGAGAAAUAGCUCAUCAUGCCCCAAAAAGCCAAACAGUGAGUGCAUCUGUCACAAAACAGAUGAGGAGAGAAAAACACACUGCAGAAAGGAAGUGGGGGAAAGAGUGUGGGAAGUAAUAAUCCCCUGAGACAUACUGGAGAAAUGGCACAAAGACAGUGGAGACAUGGGUGGAAUCUCAUAUCUCCCUUCCCCUCUCCCAUCAUCUCUGUGAAAUGACAGACAGUGUGAGGAGUUCUCAAACAGCAGAGAUGAUCUUCUGCAUAUCUAAGUAGGUGCAGAGCCACAACCAUAGUAACUGUGCCCUGAUUCUCUACUGUCACUUAAAAAACAAGUAUAUGAGGUAAAUCUCUUCUUUCUCUCUCGUUCCUGCUUACGCAUACAGUGCCCUACAAAUGUUUCGAAAUAUCUUGGGUAAAAUGGGGGUUUGCACAACAUUACUCACAAUAUUAGCAUAAAUCUUGGUCAUUUCAGGAUUUUGACCAUUAGGGAUGUUUACAUGCUGUCAUUUUUUUGUCAAUCGGAAUGAAUCGUCAUAUCUGAUGACAUACCUGAUUAUCCAAGUUCGUCAUCCGUAAUAAUUGACAAUGGCACUUAGGAUAAUCUAAAAGGAAAGGUCAGCUAUUAGAAAUACAUUUGUAGUGAAUACAUAUGAAUGUCAUGUCAAGACCACAUUAGACUUGUGGAUAAUUAUAAUUGGCUUUAUUAUAACCCAAUUUACCUUAUCCUCUUUUAGUUUCUCAGUUGAAUCUUGAGGAAUAUCUUGUGACCUCAAAAGAAAUCAACAAAUUCUUCUUCCAUGUUGCAAGCUUUUAAAAAAUUAAGAUAAAGCUCCAAAACACACUCAUCCCCUUCCUAUUAACUGUAGCAAUGACCCAAAAUGGCUAUAUAUACACACCAGAAAUUAUAAUGUGUAAGCACAAAAAAAAAAAAAAAAACCUGUGCGCACACAAAACGUUUGUGUGUAUGUGAAAGUCCUCAAUUUUUUUAUUUUUGCAAAGGUCUCUUUAGGGGUCCUUAGACUUAAGAUUCUGAAAGCCACCGUGAAUAUUAUUUAACUGAAUAUAUAGUUAUGUCAGGGUUUUUUUUUUAGCAAAUAUUUAGAUCAUAUUCAAUCUCAUCCAUUCAUAUAACAUAAAAUGCAUGUAAACAUAUGCAUCAUGGUACUGUGCAUGUGUAGAAGAUAUUUUAUCUGUUUGACAAAAUAGAUUCAUGCCUUUACAUGCUUUUUCCUGUUGAUCGAAUUAUCAAAAUUUCAUUUGGGUCGAGCCCAAUCGUAUCAAUUUAUGUGUUUACAUAAAAGCUUUUCAGUCCAAUUGGGCCAUUAAUCUGAUUAUAAACGGACUCUUUAGGUGCAUGUAAACAUAGCUAUUGUGUGACUUUUGCUUUGAUAUGGGUCAACACAAACUCCAAAUUCAUUUCAGUAAAUAAUUUAUUAAAGGGGAUAUAUGUAGAAUUCAGAAACCUACACUAGUGUACAUGUAACGUACUAGAUGCUGAAUGUGAUUCAAGGCCCCGAUAUAGUCACGGCAAAGUUCUUUUUCAUAUUUUGCUUAUAAGUAAAAAGAAGUUGUAAAUACCUUUACAGUGAUAAUGUUAACGAACAUACUGAUGCCGUCCACGCUCCUGAGAGCGCCGUUUAGUUGUGUCAGUAUGUGCUGCACGCUUUCCUCUUAUUGAGAAAUUAAACACAACAAAAAUGACAGCAGUGAGAAAACAGCAGUUAAAGGGUUAGUUCACCCAAAAAUGAAAAUUAUCCCAUGAUUUACUCACCCUUAAGCCAUCCUGGGUGUAUAUGACUAUCUUCUUUCAGAUUAACACAAUCUGAGAUAUAUUGCUCCUCCAAGCUUUAUAAUGGUUGUAAAGGGGGGUGGGAGGGUGCUUUCUUUUGAAGCCAAAAGAAACGCAUCCAUCAUAAAAGUAAUCCAUAUGGCUAAUAAAGGCCUUCUGUUAAUAAAGAAGCAAAGCGAUGGGUUUUUGUAAGAAAAAUAUCCAUGUUUAAAACUUUAUUAACUAUAAAAACUAGCUUCCGGCAGAUGCCCCCACUCAUCGAUUUGUGGCUGAAGAGUAACCUCCGACCGGACACGUGACGUAAUGACGAAAAAACAAUAAUAUUUAAAGAGAAAUGUCAGAGGAUUUCGAUAUAAGAGAAGAGGAGCUUGAAUUUGUUGCCCAGCCCUAUUUGUUUAAACCGCGAGAGGCGUCUAAGCUUUCGAUGUAUGACGUAGGAUGUAGGAGAAGCGUAAGCUUAGACGGCUCUUGUGGUUCAAACAAAUGGGGCUGGGGGUUACUCAUUUGGCACAAGUUGACUUGCGCUGUUUGCGUACGGUCUUCCACUGGAAGCUAGUUAUUUGAAUUUAUAAAGUUUUAAAUAUAGAUAUGUUUCGAAAAAAAAUUAUCUCUUGACUUCAAAUGCCUUUAUUAACCCCCUGGAGCUGUAUGGACUAUUUUUUUUUAUAAUGUAUGGAUAAAUUUUUUGGGGCUUCAAAAUCUGGCCCCCUCUUCACUACCAUUAUAAAGCUCGGAAGAGCAAGGAUAUUUUUAAUUAUAGCUCAGAUUGUGUUCGUCUGAAAGAUGAUAGUCAUAUAUACAUAAUUUUUGGGUGAACUAACCAUUUAAGAAAACAUCUGAUCAUAGCGACGUGUAUAUACACAGCUCUGCUGUUCACUGCUUUUCAAUACAUGAAAAUUCUUAUAUAUAGCCCCUUUAAUGAAUUCAGAACAUACUUAAGCUGUUUUUAACCUGUUUUCUGAUUGGUCUGUCAAUCAGUAAAGCUAUAAAGCUGUGCUGACCCAAUAAUCUUCAAAAAAGUAACCUUGGCCAUGUUAAUCCAGUAAUCAGGCUUCACAGUCUGACUGUGAUGGGCAUUUAUUUCCAUUAUUAUGUAAUCAAAAAAAAAAAAAAUCAUUGUCGGCCUUAAAAAUAAUUGCAAGUUAAUAUAUAAUGCUUUCAUACCAAUAAAUGAUUGAGAAAGAUUUGUAUUGAUUUUGCCCAAAACCCACUUUUGAACCUUUGGGGUUGUUUUUGAUAUUCCACUGUGCUGCUUUUCCAUUGGUUUUUCUAUGUUAACGUGCUAGAUGGAUGUGUUGGACAUUUGCACUUGUGUCUCACAUCUUUUGCAUCUCACACAUGAGCACUGCAUUUUUAGAAUGAUGUGUCAAGUUAAAAAUUCAGCUGUUAAAAAUGGCGUCUCUAGAAUGUAUGUUUUAAACGAAAAAAUGCAAUCUCUGUGAAUGGUCCCUUGGGGUGAUUUCAAACUUUUGGAGGGCACUGUAUGAGGGCAAGGUGACUCAGUGUGUAGCACUGUUGCCUCACGGCAAGAAGGUCCCCAGAUCAAGUCCCGACUGAGCCAGGAGGUCUUUCUGUGUGGAGUUUGCAUGUUCUCCCUGUGUUUGUGUGGGCUUCCUCCGGGUGCUCCGGUUUCCCCCACAAUCCAAAAACAAGCAGCAUAGGCGAAUGUAAUUGUCCGUAGGUGUAAAUGAGACUGCAAAUGUGUCUGUGUGUGAACCCUGUGAUGGACUGGCCAUCUGUCCAGGGUUUCCCCAGCCUGUGGCCAUAGAUGCUGGGAUAGGCUCCAGCAUAGGGGUUAAACUCCGAAAAGCAGAUUGGAGAAUUGAUAGAUGUAUGAACAUAUGCAGAAAAGUACUAUUAGCUAUAUUAAGCUUUCAGUUAGGUUGUUAAAAUUUUUUGACUAUAUUUACAACUUAAUGGAAUAACAACUUAAUUUACUUGCUCUCAAGCCAUCCUAGGUGUAUAUGACUUUCUUCUU